AUGCUGCAUGUGGAGUUAUUAGUAUUCAUAAGAAAGCAAAAUUUCAAUCUGGUAUCUUCUUACAAAAUGAUUGAAAAGAUAACCAAAGCUGAAAGUUAUGAAAAUUUCAUUCAAUACACAUUUGACUUGGUAAAUGAAUUAUGGGAACCUUUGAUUAAUUCAGUACAAUCAAAUCAUGAGUGGAAUUUAUCACCCGAGAUCAAUACUAGUCUGGCAAACCAUGGUUGUAUCAUAUAA